AUGCCCAAACUAAUUCUCCUUGGGAACAGCACCGUUCUGAUCUCUGCGCUCCUCUCCUCCAGCUCCCUUUCCAGCCUUAGUCUCUCCACCUCCUCCAGCCAGACGCCCGCGGUGGGGGAAGCCCUUGGAGUCUGCUCCUCGGUCUCUCUGUCGUCUGCUUCUUCCUCGUCCCACUGUGUCUGCAUGGAGAUGCUCAAGGAAGCCGAGGCUCUCAGUGGAGCUUCCAGCACCGAUGACACCGUUAAGAUCCCUCUCUCUCUCUCUCCUUCCUUCCAGUUGUUGCCGUCUCCUCCUCUCUUGCUCCCCUUCCUCCCUCAGUCUCCUCAGCUCACUGCUGUGCUGCUCUUUGAGAGCAGCCACUUCUUGGAUGUACUUGUGGUACAGAGCUUUUCUCAGCGCCUGCAGCUGUGCCGUGAGGCCUGUGGACCUCGCAGACCGGUGCGACUCCACGCCUCCCUCGGACAGGUCCUCCUCGCUCAGGUCCUGCACACGGAAAGAGCGGGCGUUUGUCUCCUCCUGCAGCAGCUCUAUUUGGGCGGUGUGGAUCUGAGACAGGCUGAGGCGCUGAGCCUCCAAUCGCAGCCUGCACUCAUCCUAACACGGGAAAAUAAACCAGUCAGCACGGACUGCACAGGCUGCAUCUCCUCCUCUGCACCACUGCGAGCCCUCUCCUCCUCCGCCGCCGCCUGCUCCUCCUCCUCCGUUUGCCUUUCUUCUCGGCUGUCUGACGGACAGCUGCCAACUUUGCGCUCCUGCUUAGACCUCUGCCGUCUUUUGCGCCUGUUCGACCCCGAGCCUGCCGACUUGUGCGGGGAGGAAUGUCCUUCAACAGGUCCCUCCCCUGAGGAGUGCAGCGCGGCUGGAGAUGGAGUCUGCGACAGCCUGUGGAGCUCCAGACUCCACCUGAAGCUCCUGGAGCUGCUGCACAAGCUCAUCUGCCUUGGAGCUGUGCAAAGCCAGCUUCAGUUGAAGCUCCUCAGCAUAAUUUUUACGCAGCUCGUCCAGAGCUUUAUCGUGUCUGAUAGCAGCUUCGUUGAGAAGGUUCUCCGUGUUGAGGAAGCUCUCCCUUUGCAAUUCUUCCCUAAGAUGGGUGAGCUCUUCCUCGUGGCUGAACAGAAGCUGAGUCCUCAGCCUUUCCAGCUCCGCUUCCUGCGACUCUGCCAUGCGGUCCAGCACGGCGUCUUUCUCCCUUUCCAGCAUCUCCAGCUUGAUCUUACUGCGGGAGACCUGCUCCACUUUUUCCUUAGCCGAACUGAGAUCCUGAAGAAGGCCGUCGACUUUGACCUGCAGAUUGAACUUCUCUUGUUUGACCUGAUUCAACUCGUGCCUGGCUUCAUCACACAUUGCUCGAGACUCCUCUAA